UCCAACCCCCUCUUCCUUGCCCAGGGUGGUUUGUUCCGAGUACAGAUAAAUAGUCCUGUCAAAAGGCGCAGUCCGCGGUUGUAAGCGCCAAGUCUGGGCUGGGGCGCCAACUUUUCGGCCGCCCUCUCUGGGGUCAGCGUCAGGGCUCGCGCUCUCUCACCGCCCUCCUCACUCUCGCGCCUCCUGACCCAGAUCGUCAGUCCUCCUCCGAACUCUGCCUGGCCUCCCUCCUCUGCCAGGGAGGGGAAGGUGGAGACCGCGAGACUGGCCUGAGGGAGGAAGGCAGGCGCGCGCUGGAUCGGAAGACUCAGUGAUGUCCACUGGCUCGGUGAGCGACCCAGAGGAGAUGGAGCUGCAGGGUCUGCAGCGGGGGUACCCGGCCGCCGCUUCUAAGAGGCCACCUCUCUGCGGAACCGAGCGCAGUUAUGUCUCGCCUAGUGACAACUCUUCAGCCGAGGAGGAGGACCCGGACGGCGAGGAGGAGCGCUGCGAGCUGGGCGCAGCCCGAAGCACGGGAAACUGCAAGAGGAAGCGGCCGCGUGUAGCUGGGGGCGGCGGCAAGAAGCCCCUCCCGCCCAAGGGCUCCGCCGCGGAGUGCAAACAGUCGCAGCGGAAUGCGGCCAACGCCCGCGAGCGCGCCCGGAUGCGCGUGUUGAGCAAAGCCUUUUCCAGACUCAAGACCAGCCUGCCCUGGGUGCCCCCAGACACCAAGCUUUCCAAGCUGGACACUCUGCGGCUGGCUUCCAGUUACAUCGCGCACCUGCGGCAGCUGCUACAGGAGGACCGCUAUGAGAACGGCUACGUGCAUCCGGUGAACCUGACCUGGCCUUUCGUGGUCUCAGGACGACCAGACUCUGACACCAAAGAAGUUUCGGCAGCCAGCAGAUUAUGUGGGACCACUGCCUAAGUCGAACUAGAACUCAUUUGAUAGCAUUGUUGGUUAAACCCAGUGUGUCUGGGGACGCUGGAUAGAAGGGAGAGAACUGGAGAACCCCGCAGAAUGGGAAGAAAGUUUCACUGGAUUCUCCUAGAACCUCCUCCCCUUCUCUGGAACUGUAGUCACGACAAGUGGUAGACUUGGGAGGCAGAGCCUGAGAAUUGGCCCUAAGCUAGAGGGCCGACACCUGGGCUGCAAGCCCAUCUGGGAGCCGAUCUGACUUCUCCGUCAAGAGCAUCCAUCCAUAUCAGAAGCUCGGACCCAGAUCCAACCUCUGGCUUUAGCAGUUACAGAAACUACCGUGCUGUCUGUGAGCUAAGCGCCAAACUUCCUAGGGGUUGAUUUCCAAUCUGAGUCAGACUUACUUGUGAUGGCGCGAGUCUGCACACCGGCCUCUUAGAGUUAGGCUUGUUCAGAGCGCACAGCGCGCUCUUCACCAUUGGCUUUAAAGACAGAAGUUUUCACCCGAGUCACCCCCCCAUCGCAGUUACAAAAGAGAAAAGAUUGGCAUACCUGGGUCAGGUUUGUAUCUCGAAGGGCAGCGUCCUCCUCGCUGGCAGGACGUUACCCGCCUCCGACGCUGCGAGGAGAGAUUCGCAAAGACCACCAACCAGAGCUGGGUUAUGCUGGGAGCGCUUCGGGAGGGGUGGUCCUGCCGCCAGCAGUCAAGCUUUCUCUCUCCCGGCAGGCUCCAGCCGCCUCCUAAUCAGGCUUCUGCCCUCUACAUUUGAACCUCAUAUCCCCUCCCUCACAAUUUGUCCUUGGUCUCCUCUGUCCCUCCUUCCUUUCCCUUCCACAGCUCCCGGCAGUUUCUAACCCCAACUCCUCAGACCCAGAUCGACUCCUUACUGGCUGUACCCAGUCUCCCCACUCCUGGCAACGGUUGCGCCCCCAAUACCGCCUCCUAACGGGGACAACUUCCCUAGUUGGGAGAAAUGAUAAGGGAUUGCUGAGGCUGUUCGGGACCAAGAGACCCUGUUCAAGGGGAACCGAGGCUGCGCUGCGGAGAGAGAGGGGCAGGCUGCACGACCGCAGUAAUUAUCAAAUGUACAUAAAUUUAUUUUUUUAAGAAUAAUAAAACGCAUGGUGAAAACCAAAUGCCCCCAGCGCGUCAGAAUGUGGUCUUUGUUAUCUUUGAUUGGGUUUAGAUCCAGAAACUAGUUUAAAGGUGACUUCCUGGUGGUGAUCCUGUUUGGAUCACUGCAUUUCCAAAGGCAACUUUUAAUAACUUCUGUGGUUCUGGACACCAAGGUUACUGAAGGCAAUAACUGAAUAAUUUGGCUCCAUAAAGUCUUUUGGGGGCCAGGCACACAUUGAAAGUGAUAUAAGCAUGCAUCACAUGCAUCUUUCUUUCUCUCUCUCUCUCUUCAGGUUAAAACACACACCAGUGCUUACAAUCACAAUAGUUCAAGAACCUCCUACAGUCCACACACCCAGUUUGCCAUUCUAAAUGGCAGAAGAAGAAAAAAAAGCAAUGCAAUAUGCCAAUCCAAUCUGUGCUUGGUUCGUUCAGUAGGGCUUUUCCCCAAAAUUGUAUGUAGCAGUGUUGCUAUAUAUAUAUUUUUCAUUUCUGUGUAAUUUUCACAGAAGUGCUAACUUGGGAAGACUAUCAUAGGAUUU